AUGGUUGCAAAAGCAUUAUAUGAAGUUGAUCUUGUAAUGGGAAAGGGUUUGAAUCAGGAAGUUGGUCUUCAAAGACCCGGGGAUACUCAUUGGGGUAUACAUUUUAAAACCUUUUGCAAUUUCAUAAUUAUGUUUUCUCCAAUUGUUGAUGUACUUGAUGCUCUUGUUCUUGCUGGAGAUGAUGAUAUAUCUAAAACUCAAGCUAUUUUGAAUGAUAUUCAAACUCUUGAUUUUGCUUUCAUGUUACAUUUGAUGAAAUUAGUGAUGGAAAUCACUUAUCCACUUUGUCUAUCGUUGCAACAAAGAGAUCGAGAUAUUGUAAAUGCUAUGGUAUUACUUCAUACUGCUAAGAGACAAUUUCAAAAGACUAAGGAUGAAGGUUGGGAUUCUUUGAUGAAUGAUGUAACUUCUUUUUGUGUAAAACAUGACAUUCAAAUUCCUAGCAUGGAUGAGUUUUCCCUUUUACGAGCUCGAGGAAAAUCAAAACGAAGACUUUCAGAUGUGACAUUUGAGAAAUAUUUACGUGUUAACGUUUUCUACACGAUUCUUGAUAUGCAAAUGCAAGAACUUGAUAGUCGCUUUCCUGAGACUAGUAUAGAGUUACUUAUUGGUGUUGCUUGUUUGAAUCCUGCUAAUUCAUUUUCCAAUUAUAACAAAGAGAAGAUACUCAAAAUGGCUAAACUUUAUCCUGAUGAUUUUGAUUAUCUGGUCAUUGAUUGUCUUAGUUUUGAGUUAGAUGCUGUUGUUGGUGUUUGUUCAAUCGAUGAAAGAUUUUCAAACUUGACAACCCUUGGUGAUCUCUCUAAUACUUUGGUUCGUACCGGUUUGUGUAAUUUGUGCCCAACCUUUUUUAAGCUUUUGAAGUUGGCAUUGAUUUUGCCGAUAUCCACUGCAACCGUCGAAAGAGUGUUCUCAGCAAUGAAGCUUAUCAAGACUAAGUUACGCAACAAGAUCUCUGAUAAGUUUUUGAAUGAUGCAGCUGUAACUUAUUUUCAGUAUAAUUUGUUUCAUAUUUUGUCAAAUGAGGACAUUAUGCGUCGCUUUCAAAAUAUGAAAAAGCCGCAUAAGCAUUUGCCUUAA